CGACUCACUCUACCCCAGUCUCUAUGUACUCGCACACUGAAACACCCUAGCUUUCCCAGCGAUUGCCCUCCUCGGCAACUUGCGUGUCCUCUUCGAAACUCACUUGGCAUGACUAUCGUGUGUGACGAGUCCCAGACGAACGACCCCUCCAUGGCAGCUUCCCCGCGGAGGCCCCAGUCCUUAGCAUUGAUCUGUACACGCGCGAUCCCAACAUCAGGAGCUACGUCGCCAGUCAUAUGUGCGGGUCGGCAUCGUACACUCCUCCGCCUCCCCUGGCGCGCCUAUAGCCUCACAAGUUUUGGCAUCGAGCUCGUCCUUCAAUCCCAGCACCCCUCCGUCAAGCAAGGUGACCAUAUCUACAACGGUGGUCUCCGAGCCCACCGAGUUCGACUCGGUCGUCUUUCGCGUCCCGUACUGCGUCCCGGAGGGCGUAGCAGGAUUCACGCGAUGAGUGGGUGUGUACAUCAGCUUUCGAGCCCCUUUUUUCUUAAGGGAAAUAUGCGCUGCUGCCUCCCUCCUCCUUGCUACGCAGAUUCCUGCAUCAACUUCCACAAACCCUCCCAAACGAAGGGCCCCACGCAUGCUCCGCCCGCCGUGAUGCUACGUUCACUAGAUCGAAGCGACGCACUUGGGCGAGCUCGUUUGAUAGAGCUGCCUUGUCGAAGACGAGGGGAGGACGGGUUUGGUCUACGUAACUUCCAUACUCGUAAGAGGAACACUGGAAUGCGUUUGCCACUGGCCAUGCAAUCCUGCCGCAGAAGAUCGCCCCUGCGACUCUCGACCGCAAUGAACGUGGGAGAAGAGUAUGGGGAGACAGUACAGCGCUCAUCGCGAUCACCUCCACGGCGGAUUGUUUAUGAGGCUCUGUGUAGUGCAUGCUCUGCUGCCUCGUUGAACUCCAUCUUCCGGAUGAUCGAAGUGCUAUAUGAGGGAGAAAUUCAUUGAUUUUCUUCGACGACAAUGGCUCGCAUGUCCGG